UCCCAUUCCCACUCUGCCACUAAACCCUUUUCCUAUUCCAAGAUAUCUUCUCUCUCUCUCUCUCUCUCUCACUUGAAUUCAUGCACCUGAACUUAUUCUAUGCUCUCCUUAAAAUUUUGGGACCCCCUUUAUACAAAUCCUCAGACCCUGCUCCAGCUGUUAUCUUUCUCUUAUCCCCUCCUCUUUGUCAAUCAUCUCCUUGGUUAUUAAUCUUCUCUCUGUUUCACUUCCAUUUCUUUAUGCAAUCAGUUCAAAUGCAUGCAAAUGCCUUCCUUUCAUUGCUACUUCUUUUGACUUAUCCUGUUUUGACUACAAGUAAGCCAUUGUCCAAGCUUUUGGAGAAUGUCAAGGAGAGAGAAGAAGAGAAGGCAAUGGUAGGAGCUUUGAUUGGAUCAAGGCCUCCAAGAUGUGAAGGGAAAUGCAGGUCCUGUGGGCACUGUGAAGCAGUUCAAGUUCCUCUUGCUCCACAAGACAACAAAAAUGGAGUAGGACUUGUUCAUCACUUGCACUUCUCCAGAACAAUCAUCAACUCAAGGUUUGAUGAUAACUCCAACUACAAACCCAUGAGCUGGAAAUGCAAGUGUGGUACCAUAAUCCUCAAUCCAUGAGUACACCACCUUCAUCAUGUCCUCAAGAUCACUCUAAUUUUCUUUGCAGUUCAUGAAUGU